AUGGGUGGCAUUUUCAUGAUCAGAAUUUUCCAGCAGGCUAUCUUUCUCUCUGUCUAUCUCUCUGUCAUCCCCCUCUUCCUCUUACGGACGGCCUCCAUACACGCACUAACGCAACAGGAUACGCAAUAUUCGCUAAAGAGAGAGGGGUAUUCUCUCUCUCUUCUUUCACGUAAGGUUUGUGUUGAGAGGGGACGGUCACUAUUACCGACCUUUCCCUACAUUAAUGACAGCGAUAUCUACCGUGAUUUCCUCUUUCGCUGGCCGAUUUUUUUUAAUAGAGAGUGGAACGUCACUCAAGGCUAUACCCUCUUUGACGUUUUUACUGUUUGGAUGCCACCUAAAAGGAGGAAAUUUUUGGGACGGCGCACGGCAGCUGCCUCCGCUGCUAGAGCAGCGAGGGCGAGUGAAACCCCUGAACAGACUUCUUUGCGUCUUUCACAGAUGGCCUCGAGCUCAGCUGCUCGCUUAUCCAUGGAAAGCGCCGCUGCGCGGACUGAAAGGUUGGCUUCAGCGGCUUCAACUAUGUCCUCACGCCGCACCAGGCUCUCAGUUGAAGAACGUUCACUUCAGAAUUCACAGGGCGCAGUCCGCGUGGCUAGGUUGAGAGCUUCACAGUCCCCAGCACAGAAAACCCUUCGUCGUUUGCGUGAUGCUUGCUCCAGAAGUUUAGAAAGCCCCGAACAAACAACUUCACGUCAUCAUAGGAAUACUAGGGCUACAGCCGCCUCUAGAGCUUUGGAACAACCUCAAGAAACCGCUCAUCGUCGCUUUAGAAAUGCCCUAUCCACCGCAUCUGCCAGAGCCUUAGAAAGCCCUGCACAGACCACUGUUCGUCGCAUUAUAAAUGCCCGCUCCACUGCAUCUGCUAGAGCUCUAGAAAGCCCUGCACAGACCACUGUUCGUCGCGUUAGAAAUGCCCGCUCUACUGCAUCUGCCAGGGUUGCAGAAAACUCUGAAGUACGCCGUCAACGGCUCGAAAACAUUAGCUCAUUUCGAGCUUCUUUGAAUGGCUGGGCCGGUGAGCAACCUGGGCUUUGUUGCUCUGGGGGCAAAAUCAAACUCCCUUCUUUAGACGAGCCUCCCCAGCCACUUAGGGACCUCCUUCUGGGUACAACUUCGGAGUCAACGCAUUUUCUUGAAGCAAUACGGAAGUAUAACUGUUGCUUCCAGAUGACGUCUUUUGGUGCGAAGGCUAUUAGUGAAUGGGGAUGGAUGCCUACUUUCAAAGUGCAAGGCCAGGUUUACCACUUAAUGGGAUCACUUUUGGCUGAUCAGGGAGAGCCACCUCAGUUCCUACAAAUUUACUUUCUCGCAGACUACAACGAGCAGGUUGAUGCGCGUCUCGGCAUUCUGCCUAGCGAUAUUUCCAUCGGUCCCCGUAGAGACAUUCUGUUCCGUCUACAAGACAUGCUUCACGAAACUAACAGUUACAUCCGAAGCUUACAGUUUGCGUUGCAAAACAACUCUUUGCCCUCUUUCAGUGUAUUCAUCGAUGCAGACAGACGGUCUCACGGUGAGCAUGCUCCUGUAUGUAAUGAAAUUGCCGCAGUCAUCCACGGUGAGGAGCAUAACAGCCGUGACAUUGUCAUAAAAUACCGGGGCGGUGGUCUGCGCCGCAUCAGUGAAACCCACCGUUCAUACGACUGUCUCCAGUACCCACUUCUUUUUCCAUACGGAAGCGAUGGGUACCAUUUCAAAAUCCCAAUAUACCAGGCAAGCAGCGAUUCCAUGUCGACCUCAAAGACGGUUUUCAUGUGCCGUCAACUAUUUCUUCAAUUUGCUGUUGACAUGGUUGCAAAAAUGGAGUCGGAGAGGUUAGGAUUCAUCAAGUUAAACCAAUCCAAACUUCGAAUUGACUCCUACAUUCACCUUUGUGAUGGUCUGCGUUCUGAUGGUGACCGACGCAAUCUCGGCAAACCGUGCAUUUUGCCUUCCUCUUACACUGGUGGCCCUCGAUACAUGCAUGAAAGGGCACAAGACGCAAUGACCUAUGUCCGUCAUUGUGGGAGGCCUGAUUUGUUCAUCACGUUCACGUGCAAUCCGAAAUGGGUUGAUAUUACACGCGAACUUUUUCCAGAAACGCAGACUGCGACGGAUGGUUACCCACUGUACAGACGUAGAAGCCCCGCUGAGGGCGGCAGAACUGUCACAGUUAAGGGGCACACUCUGGACAAUCGUUGGGUGGUGCCUUAUUGCCCGCUGCUGUCCAAGACUUUUGGAGCCCACAUAAACGUUGAAUACUGCCACUUGGUUAAGUCAAUAAAGUACAUCUGCAAGUACGUUAAUAAAGGCAGCGAUGCUGCCGUCUUCGGUGUCCGGCGCGACAAUUGA